ACAGGCCAGUUUAGAAUGGCAAAAUUCAAACGCCGCCCCUGAUUUGCAUGCCAAGUGAUUUACCGCGCGAUCCUCAGGUUUGAACAAAUCUUUUCAGGGAUGGGGUUUCCCUCCACCCAGCAGUACACCUUAUGGUCCUAAAUAGGCACGGACCAAAAUGGAAAGCCGAGAGGGUCUUUCGCGGCUUGCCUCCUUCUCUUGUGACUUGGAAGACGAACCUUUGUCGGAACAAGAUCUACAUGCCAUCCAAGCCAUCGAAGCUCAAUUUCAAUCUUCUCUCUCAAGCAAACGUCCUUUCAAUUCCACCCAAGAUCACUGCGUCCCAGGUGUUUCAACUCCAACCAGCGAUUCUUCACGUUCCAUCCGCCGCCGUUUGCCUAAAUCUCUUAUCGCUCUUCAGCACCCUCUUUCGUUUUCCUUAUCACCUUGUCAAGGCUAUUCAAAGAUGAGAUUACCUAUAAUGAAGUUUGCUGGCAAAAUCAUGUACAGUAAAACUGCCAAUGGUGUAGAGAAAGCUGCACUAGAGCUCCUAAACGUGCUGGAUGCAAAGAAAAGAAACAUAGAACAAAUUGCACUUGGGCUUGACAUUGAGUGGAGACCCUCAUUUAGAAGAGGUGUUCCGAAUGGGAAAGUAGCAGUGAUGCAGAUAUGUGAUGGCACUGAUCGCUGUCACGUUCUACAUAUAAUCCAUUCUGGAAUCCCACCAAGUCUCAAGUUUUUGCUUGAAGACCCUACAGUUUUAAAGGUUGGGGUUGGCAUUGGUAGUGAUGCUCGCAAGUUUUUUAAAGAUUAUGAAAUAUCCAUCGAAGGCAUCGAAGAUCUUUCUUUUCGUGCAAAACAAAAGCUAGUUGGAGAUAUUCAGAACUUCGGUCUUUCAUCAUUGACUGAGAAACUAUUAUCCAAACAGCUGAAGAAACCCUCCAAAAUAAGACUGGGAAAUUGGGAAGCUCUUCCCCUAUCGGUGCAGCAACUAGAGUAUGCUGCUACAGAUGCUUAUGCUUCUUGGUAUCUCUAUCAGGUGAUUAGCGAACUCCCGGAUCCCCAACUAGCUCCAGCUGAGGAGACAGUUGGAGAUAUAAAGCAACAAUGAGACGAAAUUGUUUAGUCAUCAAUAUACCUUCCAUUCCAUAUUAAUUUAUAAUUUCGCAUGUAGAAAAUGUCCGUUUUUGAGAUUUUUCUCACAUCAAAAUUGGAGUUGCUAUUCCAUGAGGCUACAUGCAUUUGUCUAUUCAAUGAAGAUACCUUGUGAAUUA